AUGCCCAUCAAAUGGUUCUACAAUGAAUUCGGCAUCGCCUCUGUCUACCACACCGGCCGCGAUGCGUGGCUCGUUAUCCUCGGACGAUCCUGCCGCAUGUUCGCCUACGGAGCGAAUUCCCUUAUCAUGGCUCUCUUCUUCUCCUCUCUUCAGUUCUCAGACUUCCAGAUUGGGCUGUUCAUGACCCUGACCCUCCUCGGAGACGUUCUCCUCUCUCUUUUUAUGACUCUGGUGGCGGACAGAGUCGGCCGGCGCCGCAUCCUCUUGGCCGGCGCUUCCUUGAUGGUAUUAUCCGGGGCAGUGUUUGCCAUUUCCGAGAAUUUUUGGAUCCUCCUCGUUGCUGCCGUGGUUGGUGUUAUCAGCGCGACUGGUGGUGAUUUCGGGCCCUUCCGUGCGAUCGAAGAGUCGACGAUAUCCCAUCUCACUACGCCUAAGACACGCUCGGAUGUGCUGUCCUGGUAUGUGACAGUCUCGAGCCUUGGGUCGGCUGCUGGUACCGAGUUUUCUGGACGCGCUGUUGAUUUCUUACGAAAGCUCAACGGUUGGACAAUAACGAAUGCGUAUCAUGCGAUAUUCUGGCUGUACAUAGUUAUGGGGAUAGUGACUAUAAUCGUCACGCUAUUAAUGAGCGACAAGUGCGAAGUUGCAGAGACGCCUCCGGAAGCUGAGGCGUCUGAGAGGUUGCUUGACGAGAGACAGCAAGGGGCUGAAGCUGCGGAUGAGGACAAUGAUGAGGACAACCAGGACCUGAAUUCGGCUCCGGUCCACAAGCCGGAAACACCUCAGAAGAAAAUUCUGUUUGCUCAGAUAUCGUCAGAGACUCGUUUGAUUAUGUACAAACUAUGGUUUCUCUUGACUAUCGAUUCCCUGGCCGACGGAAUGGUUUCGUUAUCCUUGACCUAUUAUUACAUCGACCGAAAAUUCCAUCUAUCAAAGUCAACCCUUGGAGACAUAACAUCUGCAAGCUAUUUACUCUCUUCCUGCUCCACGGUCUUCGCCGGGCCCCUUGCUCGACACCUUGGUCUUAUUAACACCAUGGUUUUCACACAUCUUCCGUCCUCCACGGCUGUUCUCCUCUUCCCUAUUCCUCAGGGAGUCCCUCUGACUGUGACUCUGUUUUUCAUUCGCACGGGUCUGAACAAUAUGGAUCAGGCGCCAAGAACAGCCUUUAUAGCAGCCGUAGUGAAACCUGAGGAGCGUACAGCAGUCAUGGGAAUUACAAGCAUGUUAAGGACAUUGGCUUCGGCGGUUGGUCCUAGUGUUACCGGCUUACUCGCCGGUAAUGAUAGAUUCUGGAUCGCUUUCGUGGUUGCGGGAGCUUUGCGGAUCUGCUAUGAUCUUGGCUUGUUUGCUAUGUUUGUAAAUAUGAAGCUACAUACACAUGAGUCGAAGGACCAGGUUAACAGCCCCAGACAAUCAAAUGACGAGGAAGAGUUGACGGAACUGGAACCGAUGGGGCAAGCGACGUGA